GGUCUUGACUUGGGAGGAUGGAUAUUGUUCGAUGGAUCCCCCGGGAGCGACUCAAAAGGAGCAGAGCGCGGAUAUUAGCAGCAUUGACGGGAACGUUCUCGGCAUGGCGGUCGCGAAGAUGUCUUAUCACAUAUAUUCUUUCGGAGAAGGAGUUGUGGGAAGAGUGGCUUUCUCUGGGAAGCAUCAAUGGAUAUUUGCUCCGCGAUCUCAAGGAGUCCCGGGCAUGGAUUCUCGCCCGGGAUUUUCGUCCAUGAAGGGAUACGGGGGCUGCACGGGUGUCGACAAGUAUCCAUCUGGAUGGGAUGAUCAAUUUGCUGCUGGAGUGAAGACUAUUGCCAUCAUCGCCGUUCCGGAGGGAGUCUUACAACUCGGUUCCAGUCGAUCGAUGCCAGAGGAUUUGAAAUUCGUUUCUCACAUCCGCUCGCUCUUCGCGGCGCUUCAAACAGUCCCCGGAGCGUUUCUAUCCGAUCUCUUCACCGACAAUGCCCUGAAAGCGAAAUCUUUUCCCACGCCUGACGCAACCGCGCUUGCAGCCGCCGGAUUCCCUCCCGACAUCGCCGCGUCUCUUGGCAAUCCCAACCCGCAGUCCGAUUUCCUCGGCGUCUCCUUCCCCGGAGCUCUCAACCGUCGUUCAGUCCAGUCUAACCCGCAAAGCCUACAGAUGCCUGCCCCUGCAGCUGCUGCUCCUCCUGCCGCUCCUCCAGCUCCAUCUCGCCCAUUCGCGGGGAAUCAGCUGGCCGCCUCCUCGCCGUCGGAUCUCUUCAGCAUUCUCGGCAUCCCAUCCGACUGUCGUGCCGACGACCAGAACGCUUCUCGGUUCAUGGGCUCCGCGGCUUUGAAGCCGCCAGCGGACCCGAAGCAAGAAGCAGCGUCGCUGACCGAUUACUCGAGCACGGCAAAGCGAGCGAAGGUCGCUCCGGAGAGGACGACUCGAGCGUCCGUCGCCAUUAACCAGAUUCAGCUGAAUUUCUUCGACUCGGACCUCCCUCUCAGCGGUCCGACUCUUCCCUCCAACUCGCUGAAUCACAGCCCUGUGGAGCACACAUCGCUGUCGUCCAGGCAAUCGCCUCCGACCGAAGCUUCCGCGCACGUGCUCGGCCCGUCUGGCGAGCUGCUGGGAAGAGCAGAGGCGGCCGCGGGAGCGGGAGCGGCGAAGCGGAAGGCGGUGGUGGAUCUGGAGAAGGAGCUGCGCAUCUUCCACGACCAGUUCCUCAACGACCAAUCGCUGUCCCUCGCCAACCUCCCCUCCAGGAGCUCCGCCGCGCAGAAGCCCAUGGCGGCGGGGAUUGGUUCUGCGUCCGAGCGCGCGCCUGCGCGGAGAAGCCUUGGUGUUGCCGGCGCUUUUUCGGGUCUGGACGAGCAGCUGCUCGCGGGCAUGACUGCUAGCGGCAUGACUGCGAGCGGCAUGACUGGGAGCGGCAUGGCUGGCAAUCGGAACGGGAACGCUGCUGCGCGGGCGUCUCAGUUCAACAGCACCGGCGGUGAAGCGCUGGGGGGUUCCUCCGCGUUUGGCGGCGCAGAUGAGCUCGCGCAGGCCCUGGGGUUGCACUUCACAGGGCAACUGCCCGUUGACUUGGCUGACCUCGCUGACCUGGCAAAUCUGGCGGACAUUGGCGCGAAUCAAGGCUCUGCCAACGGUCAGAUGGGAAGCGCAAUGAGCCGCGGCGCGUUCGACCAGGCAGGGGCUGUUGGAGGCGCCAGGUGCGGUGCUGAUGCCAGUGCGUCGAGGGGAGGGUUCUCCAUGACUUCGGGGCUGCCGCAACCACAAGAGCUGCAGCACAGGGCUGGAGUGGCCCCUGCUGUCGGUAGUGCUCUUGGUUUUGACGAACUGAGUGCGUCAUUGAGCAGGGCAGGCGCAGUGAACGGCGCUGUGGGGGCGGGGGCGCAAGCAGGAGCGGGGAUGGGGAACAGCCUGGCGGAAAUGGAACGAAUGGCGACCCUGGAAGCUCUCAUGCGGACGUCUGGGUUGCUGCCUCGCCUGAGCCUGGCUGAGCUGCAGCAAAGCCAGGUCCGCAGCACUCACAAUCCCGUGGCCGGAGCUGCUUCUGCAGCAGCGGAAGCGGCCAGUGCUGGUAUGGCGUCAGGCUCUAAGCUUGGGAGUCUGCCUGGGAUUCAGAGCAGGGCUAGCGUUGUUGCGAAGGCUGCGGGGGAUAGCGGAAGAGGUAUGAGAAGCGUGGAGCCCAGUGGGAAGGGCGUGUUCAAGUCUGAGGCUGCGUUCAAGGCCUUGCCAGAUCGAUCGGCAAACUCCGGCGUGCAGGAGCUCGGUGUGCCAGAGCUAUGUGGUGGUGGUGGUGGUGCUGCUGCUGCUGCUGGGAAGGAUGAGAAGAAGGGGACGAAGAAGAGGGGGAGGGAGGAGAAGCCGAAGCAGAGGCCUCGUGAUAGGCAGCUGAUUCAAGAUCGCGUGAAGGAUCUGCGAGGGAUAGUUCCUAACUCUGAAAGGCUGAGUAUUGAUGGACUGCUGGAACGCACAAUCCAACAUCUUGUGUUCUUGAGGGAGUUUUCAACUCUCCGUGCAGACAUUGACGAAGGCCAAGCAAUGCUGGCGGAGAAGAGUUUUGAUGAAUGUAUGAAUGAAUGCCCAGUAUCUGUGCAACAACUUUCACCGACCCUAGUUCAAAUUAAGGUGGAAUGGAUUGGUAGCACUGUGCCGAUUGACCUUGCUGACGGACUUCGCCAGAUAGGGCUGGUGGUUCGCAAGUCAUCAGUCAAGUCCUCUGGUGGCCAUGUCAAGGCACACAUUAUUGCUGAGUGCAAGCAACCUGUGGAGCGCAUGGACAUCAUGUGGCAUGUUCUCCAGCACCUGAAGGAUAAGCUGCCAGAUAUGGCCAAUGUGUUUUCUGGGACUGAGAAGCCGAUGGAGGCAGGGAAGGUAGAUCCUGUCUUUGAUCCGGCAGAUUCGUGCUGUCAAGUGGUGUAUUAA